AUAUGAGGACACACACACACACACACACACACACACACACACACACACACACACUACGGUCACCACAGCAAACAUUUUUGCUCGACAAACAAAAUUAGUCAGAAACAAGAGGAGCGGCCUGUGGUUCAGCAUUUACGUGACUUCAGUUUAUCUUGGCAGCUUGUGACUCUGCCCGCCGGCACAGCAGGAGGCACUGUUAAUGUGAUGUUUGUGAUGCAAGUGUGCUGUAUCCUGAUAUUUCUAAUUGUUCUUCUAGACUCAACUCAACUAAUCCCAGACUGAAGACACUUGUGAUUAAAUUAGAUAAAUUGCCUGGAUUGUGCAGAUUCAUUAAGAAACAUCAACUAGAAUGUCAGAGAGCAGAACAGUCUCCUCAUGAAAUCACACUCAAAGUCACAAAAUCCAGAUUUUUCAUCAAAUUGCACAAAAACGUCCGAGCUCCCAACGUGAAGGAUUCUUUCCCGACACAAACCGAAUCCUUAUUAUUACGUUUCAUGUGAAUCCGUCCUGUAGUUUUUUGUGUAAACCUGCUUCCACACAGACAAACAAAAACACAGACGACAACAUAAACCUCCCUGAUGGAGAGAAUACAUCUCUCUGCGUUAUCACAGAUGAAUCAGCAUAUAAAGUAUUUCAAAUAACAAAUGCUUUAUGUUUUUACUUGGAUCACGUCUCACGCAUCCACAGCAUUUCCUGGAAAUUGUUCCAGUGCUUUUUGCGGCUGAAUAGAAACCAACAGAACCGUGGAGGUAAUAAUGGUCGUGUGUAAGUUUCCCUGCAGCUUCUGUGUUUCAGUCUGGAUUCAGUGGACGGUGCACACGUGUCUCCCUCAGUGAAAUCAGGUAAAUGGUUUGAAUUGGACUUCACCUGGUGUCUGGGCUCUUUUCUCCUCGCUCCAAACUAAUGACGUCAAUCAUCACACGCCGUUUGUUCGCUGCCACCCUCGGUACAUUCUCCACUCCUCUGUCUUUUAUGUCGCUCCCCCACCCUCCUGCCUUUCUCUCUCUCUCUCUCUCUCUCCCUUUUUCUAUAAACUCUUGCGUCUUAUUCACUCCUCACCCGUCCAUAUCUGGAGAAACGACCGUUUGGUGAUGAGAAAGAGGGAAAAGCACAUAAUCACUCUAUGUCUAUUUGCGUUUCUAUCAUCAUGUUGCCAUGGUUACAGCUGCUAUAUAGAUUGGUGUCCAUACGAGCCUGGUUACUGUUUAACCUCCCCACCCACAUUUGCCCAGAUUAGGAAAAUCAAUAAGAUAACAGCAGCAACACCGGCCUUACCUUGCACCAACACCCUUCUCACACCACAGCACCCUGCGCCAAACUUCCACAUUUUACACCUUGUGUUGCGGGCGGAGAAAGUGGAUUUACAACAUAUGGGUGAGAGGAGGCAGAGGACGACAUGGUCAAUGUAAACACGCACGUCAGUUCAAGUAUGGAACUUCCAUUUGACUCUUCACCGGCAGAAAGCGCCAACAUGAACGCCACCGGCCACCUGGCAGCGGGCAGCCUGUGCGCCAUAUGUGGAGACCGAGCCACUGGCAAACACUACGGGGCCUCCAGCUGUGACGGCUGCAAGGGCUUCUUCAGACGCAGCGUCCGCAAAAAUCACAUGUACUCGUGCAGGUUCAACAGACAAUGCAUCGUGGACAAAGACAAGCGAAAUCAAUGCAGAUACUGCCGACUGAAGAAAUGCUUCAGAGCCGGCAUGAAGAAAGAAGCUGUGCAGAAUGAACGAGACAGAAUCAGCACCAGGAGGUCCAGCUACGAAGACAGCAGUUUACCAUCCAUCAAUGCACUCAUCCAGGCAGACAUGCUGUCCAGACAGAUCACCUCCCCGGCUCCCCUGCUCAACGGCGACAUCAGGACCAAGAAGAUCGCCACCAUCACUGACGUGUGCGAGUCCAUGAAGCAGCAGCUGCUGGUGUUGGUGGAGUGGGCCAAGUACAUCCCGGCCUUCUCUGACCUGCCCCUGGAUGACCAGGUGGCGCUGCUGCGAGCUCAUGCCGGAGAACAUCUCCUGCUCGGUGCUGCAAAGAGGUCCAUGCUAUACAAAGAUAUCCUCCUAUUAGGAAAUGACCACAUCGUUCCCAGAAACUGUCCGGAGCUGGAGGUGGGCAGGGUAUCAGUGAGGAUCCUGGACGAGCUCGUGCUUCCGUUCCAGGAGCUCCAGAUAGACGACAACGAGUACGCCUGCUUGAAGGCCAUAGUUUUCUUUGACCCAGAUGCCAAAGGUCUGAGUGACCCUGGAAAAAUCAAGCGGAUGCGAUACCAGGUCCAGGUUAGCCUGGAGGACUACAUCAACGACCGGCAGUACGACUCCCGAGGCCGCUUCGGGGAGCUGCUCCUGCUGCUGCCGACACUACAGAGCAUCACCUGGCAAAUGAUCGAACAGAUCCAGUUUGUCAAACUCUUCGGCAUGGCCAAGAUCGACAACCUGCUGCAAGAGAUGCUCCUCGGAGGCUCUGCCAGUGAAGCUCCACAUGCACCUCACUGUCUGCACCCUCAUCUGGUCCAAGAGCACCUCAGCAGCAACGUCAUAGUGACCGGCAACAUACCGACGCCCAUCCACAAUGGUCAAAUCUCCACUCCUGAAACCCCGAUCCCGUCUCCGCCUACUGCCUCCAGCUCAGAACAUUAUAAAAUGGCUCAGGGGGUCAUAGCCACUGCGCCGAAGCAGCCAACCUCAAUCCCUCAGCCCACCAUUACAAAACAAGAGGCCAUCUAACAACCCUCUGAAUUCUUAUCCCACCAGUUUUUAUAUUGUGUUAGAUCAUUAAAUGUAAGUUUAUACACAAUCAGCAUCGAAGCUGUUAACUUGACUGAAACAAUGAGGUAGCUACACAAACAGAAUGUAAUUGCAAUUAUGUCCCUUGCAGAUUAUGAGUCUUCAGGGAUCUAUUUGUUCUCACAUGCAGGUGCCGAGGAGCUGCACUGACAGCCACACAAAACCAUCAGCAUUGAAACCGUCGGUCUGUGAGAUCGACACUUAGAGACACACGAUGUUGUACAUAGAGUUUGUUCUUGGGUGACAUCACAUCAUUUAGCAUGGCCUCAGUGUGCAGAAAGGAUUUUGUUAGGCGUGGUGAUGCGAUCACGUCACUACUUUAAGAAUGUUACAACUGGCCUUACACUGGCAUGUAUUUAGUGUUGCACAGUAUUUUUAUUUUAUGUUCGUUGGUGGUAAAAUGUUUUCACACGUGAGCUCAGAAAGCGUAACGUGCUGGUCUCUUAAAGAUUCUGUGACAAGGCUAAAAUGUACGUGGUUGGUUUUAUACGCCAGAAAAUGCAUAUUUACAAAAGUAAAACAUGUUGAAAUUCUCUGUGGUGCCACUUUGUGAAAGUCACACACAGACACACUGAGGACGUUUCCCAAUGAUGUGUUGUAUUGGUUUUUAAAAUAUAUAUUAUAUUUUUUGUUUAGUACUUUGUCAUGGUUUAACUGAUGGAAAUAAUUGUGCCUUGUAACCUGUACUGCCUUUUAAAAACAGGCAAUGUUUCGCCUUACAAUGUGAACAUGAAAUAAUAAAUCUCAAGAUCUAUUUUUACA